UUGCACCAAACCAAAACUCAAAAAUGGCCAUUCUACUCUCACACCACAAAUUUGCCAUUCUUAUUGUUCUUCUAUCUUUCUUCACAACCCUCUCUCAUCAAGCAACAACUCCCCCUAACCCAAGACUCCUAAAUGCUUUUUAUGCCCUUCAAGCAUGGAAACACUCAAUAACCUCGGACCCUCGCGGCUUCACUUCCGAUUGGUACGGCUAUAAUGUUUGUAACUACACCGGCGUGUUUUGCGCCCCUUCUCAAGACGAUCCACAUCUCACCACAGUCGCUGGCGUGGAUCUUAACCACGCAAACAUAUCAGGCUCUCUGCCAGAAGACUUAGGAUUGCUCACUGACUUAGCACUGUUCCACAUAAAUACCAACAGGUUUUGUGGAACAGUGCCAAAGUCUUUUAAAAAACUAAGUCUUCUGUACGAGCUUGAUAUUAGUAACAACCGCUUUUCGGGUGACUUCCCGUCAGUGGUCCUUUCACUUCCUUCUCUCAAAUUUCUUGAUAUCCGGUUUAACCAAUUCAAAGGCGAGGUCCCUUCGGACUUGUACAACCUUAAACUCGACGCCAUUUUCAUCAACAACAACUUAUUCGAAACUAGUUUCCCUAAAAACCUAGGGAACUCUCCUGUUUCGGUUAUAGUCUUCGCUAACAACGCUAUCAAAGGUUGCUUGCCAUCAAGUAUAAAGAAAAUGAGUGAAACUUUAGAAGAACUUAUGCUAGUGAAUGUGAGUUUAAGUGGUUGUUUAACACCGGAUAUCGGAUCGUUAAGGAAGUUGAGAGUUCUUGAUGUGAGUCAAAACUCACUUGUCGGAAUGUUGCCCGAAAGUAUAGGAAAUAUGAAGAGCUUAGAGCAGUUAAAUGUGGCUCACAACAAAUUUUCGGGCGACAUUCCGACAAGUAUAUGCUCGUUACCGAGGUUAGAAAAUUUUACCUACUCGGAUAACUACUUUUUCGGGGAGCCGAAAAUUUGUCUUAAAUUGGCGGAUAAAGAUGACAGAAAAAACUGUAUUCCGAAUAGACCGUUGCAACGUAAGGUAGAGGAGUGCAAAGCCUUUUAUAAUCGACCGGUGAACUGUCGCGGCUGCGGCGCGCCUCCGCCACCGCCGCCACCACCACCUACUAAGCAUUGGUUGCCACCGUAUGACCACCACACAUACACGCCACCAUUGAAAAAUUGAGUGCAAAGUUUAGAAAAAAAAAAAAAAAAGAACGUCACAUUCCUUUUGAAUAUAUUAUUCAAAACGUAUAGGGUGAAUAAGAAUAUUGGAAUUAAUUUCGUGUGAGAUAUGUUGACGUUGAUAUGUUAACUUUCUUAAUUGUUUUCGCUUUUUAAUUAAAGUUUUUUUGUGUAGUUUAAUAUUUUGUUUUCGCUUUUUAAUUAAAGUUUUUUGUGUAGUUUAAUAUUGACGGUGAUUAUUUUAGUUUUGUUGUGUAUAUUUAAAGUAUUUUGUUAUAUCAAAAGUUUGAAAUGGCA